AUGGGAAAGAUUCAUUAUCAUGAGCAUUUAAGGUUAAAGGGAAAUACUUGAUGAAAUGAAACUAUUCAGAUUUUCGACAAGGUAAAUAUUGAAGUUGAAGCAGAAGUUGAAGCAGGAGUUGAUGCAGAUGUUGAAGCAAAAAUUGAAGCGAGAACUGGAGCAGGAUGACAAGCAAAAAGAAGGAGAGGUAAAUUGGAGCAGAAAGGAGAGCUGAAAAAAAAAAAGAAAAAAGCUAAGGAAAAAGAGCCUUAA